AUGGGUCUCGCAGGAACAAGAGUCAAGCAGAGAUUUGGUAUAGAUCCUAGAAACACUACAUGGUCUAAUGACACUAGCAGAUUUGGUCACCAACAUCUGGUGAAGCUUGGAUGGGAGCCAGGAAAAGGUCUGGGCUUGACGAACAAUGCCUUGACAUCACACAUCAAAAUCACCGUCAAGAACGACAACGUUGGUCUUGGAUCAAACCUAGCAAAGAAAAGGGCCAAACAGGAUGAAUUUGAUAGUGGGGAAAACGUACAUUUGGAUGUAUUUCAGAGGCUUCUUGGUCGAUUAAAUGGUAAGGAGGAGCAAAUCAACCAAGAAGUUGAAAGAAAAAGGACUGAGAGGAUCAUCAACGGACGUUGGGGAGUUCAUUUUGUGAAGGGUGAUACAUUAAGAAGUACCUGGGAUAAAGAAAACAGGCAGUUGGUGGAUACUGAGACACCAAAAAGAAAGCGUGAAGACGAUAUCGAUACUAAGAUUACCAAGAAAAGCAAAAAGGAAAAGAAAGGAAAUAAAGAGAAGAAAGAGAAGAAAGAGAAGAAAGAGAAGAAAGAGAAGAAAGAGAAGAAGGGGAAGAAAGAGAAGAAAGAGAAGAAGGGGAAGAAAGAGAAGAAGGGGAAGAAAGAGAAGAAAGAGAAGAAAGAGAAGAAGGGGAAGAAAGAGAAGAAAGAGAAGAAAGAGAAGAAGGGGAAAAAGUCAAAAGGGGACAAGAUAACCAGAGAGUCCAUGCUGAAGCCCAAGGCUGAAGCGUCCAAUACAAGUGUUCUAGGAAGUAAAAUGGCUUUACGUUCCAAAUGGAUCAGACAAAAACGAGCUGCAAUCAUGGACGAAAAAGCAUUGCAGGAAAUCUUCAUGAUCAAAUGA